AUGGUUAUACGUAAUGCUUCAUUAACUCAUAAAAUUAAUAUAUGGUUAUUUUGGAGUAAUUCAAUAGUAACCCCUUCAGUUGUUUCAAUUUCAAGUCAAAUGAUCACAGUAGCAGUGGGAGAUGUACUUGUUUCUGGUGUGCAUGCUAAUGUUAAUAUGGUUCAGAGAAGGUUUCUUUGGUCAGAGAUGCAGCUGAUUAGUGAUCUCAAGAAGCCAUGGCUAGUCAUUGGUGACUUUAAUGCAAUUCUUUCAUUAGAAGACAAAGUAGGUGAUAGAAGUCCCUCAAGAAGAUCAAUGUUAGAUUUUAGUGAAUGUUUAAAUGAUUGUGAGCUUAUACAGGCUCCAAAGAGAAUGUGGUUAGAACAUCCUGGUUUCAUGAAAGUGGUUGAAGAUUGCUGGGCUGAAACGGUUAAUGGUGAUCCUGCUUUUAUACUUUUGUACAAAUUAAAGAAAUUAAAAGAAAUUUUGAAAGAAUGGAAUUGGAGCAGUUUUGGCAAUGUUCAAGUCAAGAUCAAAGAAGAAGAAAAGUUAGUUCAAGAAAAAAUGGUAAUAUCUGAUAAUAAUCCUCAAGAUGAACAAGUUUUAGCUGAUUUGGUUUUGGCUCAAAAUGAUCUGAAUUCUAAGGAAGUUCAGCAGUGUAUUAUGUUGAAACAAAAAUCAAGAGUUGAAUGGGUUACUGAGGGAUAUGCAAACACCAACUUCUUUCACAUUAAUAUGAAGAUUAAACAAUCUAAAAACAUGAUCUAUGAAAUUGAAGAUAAUGAUGGUAAUAUGCUUCAGGAUGUAUCCAUAAAUGACUCAUUACUGGAUGUCAUUCCUAAUUUAGUAACUGCAGAAGAUCAACAAAUGUCAGAAGCUGCUCCUGAAUUGGAGGAGAUUAAAAAUGUUGUUUUCAAUAUGAAUGCAGAUGGUGCACCUGGACCAGACAGCUUCUCAUGUAUUUUCUAUAAAUCAUGUUGA